AAUGAUAAAAAAUAAAUCUUAAUUUUUCAUACCUUCUUUGCUAAACAAUUGAAAUGUAAAUACCCAACAAGAGAGCAAACUCAGCUUUGCUUUGCACUUGGGGGGGUUCCCUUAGCGCCUGCUGCAUGCGUAUGCAAUCACAACCCAUGAUAAGCGAGUUGCAACAGCAGGCUGUGUGUGCACAUAAAAAGCAAACAAACCACACAGUCAGAUCAUAUUUUAAAGAACACUUAAACAGCAAACAAGUGAUAGAAUAUCAUUGCCAACGAAUUCAAAAUGAAUUACUUAGCCGCUAUUGCACUCACUUUGGCGCUCUUCGGUGCCCUCAUCGAAGCAUAUCCCCAAUCGCUAGGCGGCUCGCUAAGCAGCAAUCCUCGUGGCGGCGCCGAUGCAAGAUUAGAAUUGGCGAAGGGCAUUGGCACACCGGAACACAAUGUGAUUGGCAAGGUAUUUGCUGCGGGCAAUACGAAUGGUGGACCAGUGGCCACCGGUGGCACUUUGGCAUAUAAUAAUCAUGGAUUGGGCGCCGCUAUUUCGAAAACGCACAUACCCGGUGUACGUGAUACUUUCACACAGAGCGUCAAUGCUAAUAUUUUUAAUAAUGGCCGACACAGCGUGGAUGCGAAUGCUUUCAAAUCACAGAAUACCCUUGCCAAUGGUUUCAAGUUCGAUCGCAAUGGUGCCGGUUUGGAGUACUCACACAGCAAUGGACAUGGCGCCAGUCUGACGCAUAGCACUAUUCCCAACUUUGGUAGACAAUUGGAAUUGGGUGGCAGAGCGAAUUUGUGGUCGUCGCCCGAUCGUAAUACGCGCUUAGAUUUAACUGGCAGCGGCUCGAAGUGGCUGAGUGGACCGUUGAGUGGACAAAAGGAUUUUAGUGCUGGCGUUGGACUGACGCAUUUGUUCGGUUGAGAAGUAUGCUGAGGGAUAGAUGGUGUGGAGGGAAGCGGUAGAAAAAAAUUAAAUUUAUGAAGUUAUUUAAAUAGUUAAUUUAUUGAGAAAAGAAUGAUGUAUUGCUGAAAAAUGUGCAAAAAAUUAUACGAGUAUAUU